AUGAUAAGGAGUGGAAAAUUGUUUGGCAGCUUAAUUUCCCUACAGUAUGUUAUAGAAUUUCAGAAACGUGGGCUCCCCCGUGCUCAUAUUGCAUUUAGAGUAGCUGGAGGUGGUCCCAUUAAUAGUUGUGAUAUAGAUGCGUUUGUAAGAGCAACAAUACCAUCAGAAAAGGAAGCCGGUGGUCGUUUAAGAGAAUUGGUACGACAACACAUGGUACACGGUUCAUGUGGCAUGGACUAUUUGGGAUACCCAUGCAUGGAUAAAAAAAAGAAAAUUUUUAAUAAUCAAUGGAUUGUCCCAUACUGUCCCUCUGUACUAUUCCUAAUGAACUGUCACUGUAAUUUGGAAAUUGCCACAACAACUAAAGUUAUCAAAUAUGUUUAUAAAUAUUUGCACAAGGGACCUGAUCAUGCGUUACCCUCUGUAAUAGAAAACAUGAACUCACAAGAUGAAACUGAAAAUUAUGUAAAUUAUAGAUAUAUAUCUUCAUCUGAGGCUUUGUGGCGCAUUUUUGAAUAUAAUUUGUGUCACUGUCAUCCCGCGGUAGUACCACUUCCCAUUCAUUUGGAAAAUGAACAAUGCGUCAUAUUUCGAGCAGGAGAAGAAUCAGAUGCUGCAAAAGCAGCAAAAAUUCAUGGCUUUCUCAAUAAUAUAAAUGAAUAUAAAGAAGCAUUAGAAGAAGCACGUAAUUUUAAAAUGGCACCUCAAUUACGCGAAUUGUUCACAAUAAUAAUUUUGAACGGGGGACCUGCCAGAGUAUUGUGGGAUGAAUUUAAAACUUACCUAUCUGAAGAUUUCUCCUUAGGACUCACUCCAGAUUUGGCGAAUAAUAAAGUUCUCUCUGAAAUAAGUCGUAUGCUCAGAUGCCAUGGCAGCUCUUUACAAAAAAUGGGUUUGUCAGAAAUAAUUGAUGAUUCGUCUGAGUUAGGAAGGGAAAGAUUACGCUGGUCACCGAAGCUUAGAAGUACAGGAAAGAUUGUACUUCCUACAGCCACAACCGGGAUAGCAGCAAUAAAUCAUGAAGGAGGUAUUACAGCGCAUUCUAUGUUCAAACUUCCGCUCAAUAUACAAGAUGACGCCAUAACUUGGAACGUUACAGUUUCAAGUGAGCGGGCGGAAUUAAUAAAUGAAGCGGAUCUUAUAAUUCUGGACGAAGCACCUAUGGCGCAUAAAAAUUUAGUUCAAUGCAUCAAUCUAGGCCUGCAAGACAUUACACUAAAAAAAAUUUCAUUUGGAGGGAAAAUCAUUUUGUUAGCGGGGGAUUUUCGACAAAUUCCUCCAAUUGUACCCGGGGCUUCCCCAAAAGAAAUUAUUUCGUUAUCGUUGCGAAGUUCAGCAUUAUGGCAGAAUUUUUCGAUAUUGACUUUGUUGCACUCAAUGCGCGCGGUUCAUGAUGCAGAAUUUUCUGCAUUCAUACGUAGACUUGAGGAGGAAAGAUUUCUAUCAGUAAAACAAAAUGAUGGACUAGAUCUUGUAAAAACUUCCAAACAUUCCAUUUGA